UUCAAAAGGGUAAGGGUUAGAAGUUGAAGAAGAGCUGCUAAAAAGGCGGGAAUAUCGGCAAUCCGGCAAUGAGCUCACCGCCGGCGAUGGACUCAGAUGUAUCGGAUCUGGUUUGCCGGCUGGACAAUGUCCAGGGCAUAGUGGACGCCCUCUCCUCUAUUCGAUGGAAACGCCAGCAGGACGCUGUUGUGGAGUUAUCCGAGCAUGGAAUAGUACUCAUUGUUGAGGAGUCUAGAUGUCUUCAAGCGAAAGUUUAUCUACAGCGUGAGCUAUUCGUGCAAUAUGAGUAUGCAUCAGAAGGGAGACCACGGUUUGGUGUAAGUUUGGGUCUCUUUGUUGAUUCUCUCAGCACUUUCUCUACCCCUGGACGGACAAACAUGAUUGAAAUCCGGUACCCAGGACCAGAUAUGCAGCUUCUUAUCAAGUCUCUUGAUUCGUAUAAUGCUUGCAUCUAUGCUGAAAUCAGAACAAGGAUCCCCGAUAUGGUUUCCUGGGACUACAACUUUGAAGCUGCUGGAGAUACUCCUCUAAGCUUUACUGUUAAGUCUGCAGCUUUGAAGGAAGCCAUUGAUGAUCUUGAAUGGCCAGGAUCCAGCAUUCAGAUAACACUAAAACCAGACCCUCCAUCUGUUACCUUCAGAGGAGAAGGCCAUGGUGACUUGCAGAUAGACUUCAUGUACUAUGUGAACACAGACCUGUUGGUUGCAUUUCAUUGCGAUCGUCAAGUCUCGUACAGGUAUAAAUAUAAGUUCCUUCGUGCGACAUCUUGCAAUAUUCCAGGCAGUGUUAUAAAGGAUAACAGAGGAAGCAAAUUGACGAUAGGGAGAGGUGGUAUGCUAAAAGUUCAGCAUCUGGUGUCUGUUUCCAAAUCAUCCAUUCCACACCCACACAUUGACUCUACUGGUUAUCAACAGCCCAGCCGAAUAGCUUAUAUUGAGUUCUUUGUCAAGCCCGAGGAUGAUGAAACUUAGGAUUAACGAGGUACCCUCAAGUUAGCUUAGCUUGAACAACAAGGAGAAAAACAAAUGAAAACCAAGAACCAAACAAAUUUAUAUAUUAAAGUUGUGGUUAGGUGAUAAUAGUGUGUCAUCAUGAAUGAGAGAAGGGAGAAAAAAAAGGUCAAAUGAAAUGGAAGACCAGAUUUGCUAGUACUAUAAAUCAUAUGUUAAUUGUGGGAUGUUUCCUUAGAUAAACAGUUGACCAAAUUAAUCUUGUAAUCCGCAUCCAGGUUUUAGGAGACAAGGAUCCUCUAUCUAAUA